CUAAUCGAUAAGGAAUUUAAUGCCGCCGAUGAUUUACCGGGUCUUUUCGCGGUGCGCCGGUGCGGCUUUCGUUCGAAAAAUCCUCAAUGCGAAAGCUGGCCGAGCUAAUGAUCUAAUUACCUAGGUCACCAUCGAUACACCAUUGGGCUCGCGACAGAGCUCAUAACUCCGCACGAUGGCCACCAAGAGUGUUUCGCCGGGGGCGGCGCUCCUGAGGUCGUCGAGGAUGUUCUCGAUGCCGCCUCCAAUACCGCCUCCUCCCGGCGAUUAUUCUGCAGCAACCAAACAUUACUCGCCAACCGCCACCAUCAAUUUCCCGACACAUCUCACCGUCACGACCACUUCCUCUUCCCGGUUGACCGGCGAUUGGGGUUUCAAGCGGCCAUUUCCCUUGAAGACUACGACAAGUACCACCUUCCCCCUCGUACGAAUAAAGAAGGUAGAUUCUACCGAGCAGGUCACGGACUUCGAAUCCGCUUCGGAUCAUGCUAUUACUCUGCGGAAAUUCCAGGAAAUGGCCCUACCGGUCUCUAUACCAGCUGUGCACACCCACAGAUAUAUGAAGUCAGUGUUCGAGGAAGAUUCCGACGUUACUGCGCUAGACGACGCCAAAAAGAAGAAGCUGGUGAACAAGAGAUGGAAAUUCACGGGACCGUGGCUCGCCGGUAUGACGGACGGCGACUUCAGCAGGUUUCUGGAGAAGUCGGUGCGAGGACGUCGUAUAGAAUUUCGCGCUUUCCUGAAGGAAAACCUCGCCGCCGAGAUGACGGCGGAUCGAGCGAGGGCGGCUGCGAAAGCGGAGGAGCCAGAGCCACCCAAAGUAACCGCCGAUGAAAUCACGGAAGAGAGAUUAAACGGAUAUUUGAGGGUGCUAAGAACGGAACGUAUGACCCUUUACAACCUCGUCAGCCAGUUCUUGGAUCUUGCCCCGGUCGACGUUAACGUUUAUCUCCGUCUCCUUGGCAAGUUUAUGCCAGGAACAGCAAAGGAGUUUGAGAAUGGCAGUCCGUACGGAGUAAGCGGCCCCCCUAUCACGCACCCCUCUGCCGGCAUUUCCUAUCUGCGCACGCGGAAUUUCUUGGAGAACCACGCGCUCUACGGACCUCAGAAGCAUCACGCUCCCAUCAAGGCGCGCGUCUUAAAACCCACGAAUCUCAACACGCAAAAUUACAAACCUAUCAUCGGUAUAGGCGGCUUCGUCGCCAACACGUCUAAUUCGGACACGUCGUUUAACGCGGUGAAGGCCAGGGCCGCCACCAGGUUCCAGAGGGCACUCUACGGUUUCGACUUCGAGAAGCGCGGCGGGGCGAAGCUCUACGUGGAACCUUCCUCGGCUACCGUCGAUUCCUCCGGCAAGAUCAUCAUUAACAUCGACGAGCCGGCUUCGGAGGCUGAGGUGGUCCAGAAAGAACUGGCGGGCGAGCUGGCGGAAGGGGAAAGCGUGCUACAGCAUCUAGUGAAUGCUAGAGAGAGGGCGCAGCAGAGGUCCCAGAUCCCUCUCAACCCUAGAUUUGGAUCGAGCGGGUUUGGGUCGCACGGCCCCGGCAUCGGUAGACGGGUCCAGAGCAGCGCGAGUAACUAUGGUUUGAAAUACAACCUCUUUUAAAAUUAAAGACUACCUACGUAACCAAACUCGCUUAGAUGCUUUCUUUGAAAAGGGGAUGAGAUCGAGGGGCAUCAUGUAAUAUAUGGUGUAAACUCUAUGCCUGGUAGGAUUUCUGUAUAUACCUAUCUACUGAUUCAGAGGUUCGCUCUGUUGCUAUGUGACCUACACGUAACGGUUUCCAAACUAUGCAUUUUUGACA